AUGUUCAAAGCCUUAAAAAGAGCUGAAGAGCGGUACAAGAACAGGCUCAAACACACCUCCAAAGAAGAAAUCAGUAAGCUUGAAAACCUGACCCACAGAAGCCUGGAACUAAACUGGGACAGCAAGUUCGGGUUUCUACCACCGAGUAAACCCGUUCCCUACCGUGAAUGUCUCCAUCUUUAUAGCUUAGACACCAGUUUGGAGGCUAAGGUCAGCGUGUUGAUCACUUUUAAAGAUGAGCUUGCCUCUAUUUUGUUGAGAACAAUAACUUCAAUUGUGAUGAGAACACCUGAGAACUUGCUUCACGAACUUGUCCUGAUUGAUGAUGGCAGUUUCCAUGACAACCAGAUAGAAGUUGAAGAAUAUACUGCUUAUUUCGGGGUUAGACUACGAUGGUUCAGACUAAAAGCAAGUAUCGGUAUUGCAAACGCCAGACACUACGGACUGAAGCUAACCACGGGGAGUGUAGUAGUUAUCCUGGAUAGUCACAUGAUAGUAUCAGAUAUGUGGUUACCACCCCUUCUCAGGACACUAGCGGAUAAACCUCGUGGUAUUGCUGUCCCCCUCGUUCAGAUGACGAUUGAUGAUCAGUAUAUUGAGGCUAACUCUGUUAAAACAACGCCGUAUACCUGGAAAUUGAUUCGAGGGUAUGGAACAUUUUAUUGGUCCAUUUUCCAACCGAACGCCUCCAACCCAGCUCAAAUACAUCCAUCAGCUGCUAUUGGAGGUGGAGCCCUAGCAGCGAACAGAGACAAUCUCUUACACCUCUGGCCACGUGAGAAUUACACUGGGUUUUGGGGAGUAGAGAACGUGAGACUCUCGUUGAGAACUUGGGCGUGUGGUGAGGGGAUGUGGUUAAAUGUCUGCUCUCAAGUGGUCCAUCCCAACGGGUUAGACCCUAGCUUGAAAAGGUAUAAUCUCUACGAUCCUAUCAAGUACAAGAACCGUCGUGUUGCUAUUGCUGCUGAGAUUUCUAACAUCAUGAAGGAUAAGGGGCAGGUGUUACGGCUCUUAGACUCGACUGAUUUUGGUAACUAUCGUGCGGAUGUAACACUUAAAACCGACCAAUUCGCUCAGAACUUUAACCAUACAAAAUGCGCUCACAACUACAGCUGGUAUCUCAAGAAUAUUCACCAAAGUUACAACUAUCAAUUCUUUGACGAUCAACACUUCGAACAUGUGGGCAUAUUUCAAUCAGCAAGUGAUCCUGAUCAGUGUAUUGUUAAUGGGUUUGUAGACUCACCCGAGCAAACCCCUGACCGAGUUAAAACAGACUCCGCAUGCAAUCUAACGGCAGUAAAUCUUAUGAAAAUAGACGUGUCAGACAGACAUUUAAUGGGAUUUUCGAAAGAUCCUCUGAGAGUGGUCACAGUUGCUGACGGAUACUAUGGUUUAUAUUGCUGGGACGGAAUGAAACCAGACAAUGGAUCACCUAUAAAAUACUGGAGCUGCGAGAAUAAGCCGGUGAACUCACCGACUCAGCAGCAAUUCAGAUACAAUAUUGUAAGUCAGCAGAUAGAGCAUGUGCACAGUGGUAGGUGUGUGGAAAUGAUGACUGGUCACCAGUUGGUGGAGUUGAAUAAAUGUGAUCAGAGUAAACUGCAACAGAGGUGGAUUAAACAUGUUCCUUCUUGGUUAAGGAAGUAA